AUGCACGAGCAUACCCACCAGACAUGGUUCAAAGCCUUCGGCGACCUCUCGUCUAAUCGUCCUCAGACCGUCACUCCUCUCAUUACUCUCCAUGGCGGACCAGGUCUAUCUCAUGACUACAUGACUCCCAUCACCGACAUCACCACCACCGACUCCAUCCCCGUCAUCCUCUUCGAUCAACUCGGCAGCGGUCGUUCCACUCAUCUCCGAGACAAGCCCCCAUCAUUUUGGAACAUCGACCUCUUCAUCAACGAACUCGAAAACCUCAUCUCCUAUUUCAAGUUGACCUCCUUUGACAUCAUCGGCCACUCAUGGGGCGGCAUGCUCGGUCUCGAGUUCGCCAUUCGUCGCCAGCCAUCAGGUCUGCGGCGUCUCGUGCUAGCAAGCGCACACCCGGAUAUGGCGCUGUGGAACCAAUCGAACAUGCAGCUGAUGAAGGGGAUGGACGAGGAUGUACAGCAGGGCUUAAUGAAGGGUUUUGCGGAUCCGCAGGGGUAUAGGGCCGCGCUGGAUAAGUUCCAUGCAGUCCACGGGUGUAGAAUCCAGCCCUUUCCAAAAGAAUUCGUGACUUCUUUGGAGAUGAUCUUUGGGGAGAACGGCGAUCCGACAGUGAGCAUGGCGAUGUUCUCCGGGGAGCUCAAGGCCUGGUCCGUCGUCGACCGACUGCAUGAAAUCCGGGUACCUACACUCGUCAUCAACGGACGCUACGAUGUCUCUCAAGACUUCGUCUGCGAGCCUUUCUUCCGCCACAUUCCCAAGGUCAAAUGGAUCACCUUCGAAAAAUCCAGUCACAGUGCACAGUUUGAGGAGAGAGAGAGGUACAUGCAGGUUCUCGUGAGCUUUUUGAGGACGUAGUGAAAUGGAGAGUGAAAAUCUGGAAUAUUCCAGUCGUACACGCGGCAACGCUGUAAGAU